UACAGAGAAUGUGGAUGGAAGGGAUUCGACAUUGGAGUCAAACUUGGCCGUUGAUUAAUCUUCAAUUUUGCUUUUCAGCCUUUUAUUGUUGAUCUUGACUUUCACAGUCAAUUCAAUUAUGGAGGUGGGGAUGCGACGUCCUUUUCUAAUCUGAUCUAUCUGCUGCUUUCCUUUCAUUUCCUUUCAUUUCCGAUUCCCAUUGAUCAUCGAAUCACUCAGCUACAAACCAGUCCAGACCUCUAUCUUUCUUUCUAUCUAUUUUUGAGAGGUGAAGCGACUCCUGUUUCUGUUCUCCGGCGCCUGAGGACUGCCGCCAGCCCGGGGCCGGCGGUGGAGUACAGGCUUGUUGUUGUCGGCAACACUUGCUUUAUUAGUCCUUCUCCGCCAUAGCCAUUUCUUGGAGCAGAAACUCGACGCCUGAAGAAGAAAUGGCUGUGGUUCCACAAGAAGCCAUCCAUCAGUUUGAAGCCAUGAUUGAAGAUGUUGAUGAAUCACUCAAGAGAACAUUCCAGAGUAUGCAUCAAGGAUAUCCUCACGAAACUUUGAUGCGAUUUUUGAAGGCUCGAGAGGGCAUUGUCUCCAAGGCGUAUGAGAUGUUGGUAGAUUGCUUGAAGUGGAGAGUGGAGAACGACAUCGAUGAUAUGUUAGCGAAGCCCAUUGUGCCCGUGGAACUUUACAGAGCAAUACGCGAUUCACAGCUUAUAGGAAUGUCGGGUUACACUUAUGAGGGCCUCCCUGUUUUUGCAGCUGGCGUUGGCCUGAGUACCCUCGACAAAGCAUCUGUUCAUUACUAUGUACAAUCUCACAUACAGAUCAAUGAAUACCGGGACCGUGUGAUUCUGCCAGCUGCGACGAAAAAAUAUGGGAAGCAUAUUAGCAAAUGUGUAAAGAUCCUAGAUAUGACGGGGCUGAAGCUCUCGGCGCUCAGCCAAAUAAAGCUAAUGACAAUUAUUUCCUCUGUUGAUGAUCUUAACUAUCCGGAGAAGACAUUAACUUACUACAUUGUGAAUGCUCCGUAUGUGUUUUCAGCUUGCUGGAAGGUUGUGAAGCCGCUGCUGCAGGAGAGGACGAAGAGGAAAAUUCAGGUGUUGUCGGGUUGCGGACAAGAUGAAUUAUUGAAGAUAAUGGAUUAUUCCGCCCUCCCCCAUUUCUGCCGCAAGAGAGGCUCCGGCUCCGGCUCGUCAAGAAACUCAGACAACCCCGCGAACAAUUGCUUUUCAUUGAACCAUCCAUUUCACCAACAGCUUUACAAAUACACCAAGGAGCAGUUCUUGAUUCGCCACCACGCCGAGCCCGUGAAACAGGGAUCCGUCCACGUGACCUUACCCGAAGAUGCAGAUGAAGAAGACAUCGCCAAGAUUCUAGAAUCGGAGCUGGAGAAGUUCAAAGGCCUGGAGCGCUACCCGUCGCUAACAGACCUGAAAAUCAGCGACGACAAGUGAGCGAGCCCCUUAUUCGUUGCGCCCUCGAUCGUCGUCGAUAUUUCCGGCAGGAGCCUAUGGUUCCAUUGUACUCUAACUACUAUAGGUAUCAAAUACAUACACUUGUAUCCACCAUAUCAUAAAUUCCUUGAGCUCUUGAUGGUUACAGAUCUCAUGUAUAAUAUCUGACACUUAAUCUAUGAUCAACAAUAACAACUACAAAUAAUUUCUUA